AUGCUGUCUCUAUCUCUCAUUUCACUCCUUUGCCCCGUCGUACUCGCAGCGAGCUCUGGCUGUGGAACUCGCUUGCCCUCGGGGCUCACACCGGGCAAAUCUACUACCAAUGUCACUUUGUCUUCGAAAUCGGUGAUCGGCAAGACGACCGAGCGCCAAUACAUCUUACACCUGCCAUCCAAGUACAAGGCCUCGAAUGAUGAAGCGUUGCCUCUUGUGAUUGCGUUCCAUGGCCAACAACAGCCCGCAAGAAGCAUGGAGGUCAUCAGCGAGCUGUCCAAUCCUGACUUCAACCCAAACACCAUCGUGGUGUAUCCGGAGGGCAUGAAUGUCCAAGCACCUGGCAGCGAGGAUUGA